AUGGUAGAGUCAUACAUGCAGCAGGCAGAAUUGGCUUUGCCACCUGCAUACGAUGUUACCUGGUUUUGUAACCAGUUUCUGGGCGUGGAUUCUUUCCCGUCUCUAAGGGAGACUUUCGCAGAUUUACAUUUCAAGGGGCGCGAAAGCUUCACUUGGAACGCGGGCUUUGUUAAUUUUUAUAACGAAAUAUGGAGGGCCGAAGACUCCCCGCCAGGUAGCGUUGUAAGUGCUUCGAAUCAGCUUUUUUUGGAAACCCCAUUGGAUCAAUUUGUCAUUUACCCAAUAAUUGAUCUUCAUGUGGGCAAAUUUUAUUUUACAUUUACAAUUUUAGUCUUGUAUAUGCUGCUCACUGUCGUUUUGGUCGUUUUUCUGUUUUUUGUUGUUACGGAAAAGGGAGGUGGAAAGUCAGUGCCAAAUGCAUGGCAAUCCUUGGUCGAGCUUAUUUAUGAUUUCGUGCUGAACCUGGUAAACGAACAAAUAGGUGGUCUUUCUGGAAAUGUGAAACAAAAGUUUUUCCCUCGCAUCUCGGUCACUUUUACUUUUUUGUUAUUUCGUAAUCCCCAGGGUAUGAUACCCUUUAGCUUCACAGUGACAAGUCAUUUUCUCAUUACUUUGGCUCUUUCAUUUUCCAUUUUUAUAGGCAUUACGAUCGUUGGAUUUCAAAGACAUGGGCUUCAUUUUUUUAGCUUCUUAUUACCUGCGGGAGUCCCACUGCCGUUAGCACCUUUCUUAGUACUCCUUGAGCUAAUCACUUAUUGUUUUCGUGCAUUAAGCUUAGGAAUAUGUUUAUUUGCUAAUAUGAUGGCCGGUCAUAGUUUAGUAAAGAUUUUAAGUGGGUUUGCUUGGACUAUGCUAUUUCUGAAUAAUAUUUUCUAUUUCAUAGGAGAUCUUGGUCCCUUAUUUAUAGUUCUAGCAUUAACCGGUCUGGAAUUAGGUGUAGCUAUCUCACAAGCUCAUGUUUCUACGAUCUCAAUUUGUAUUUACUUGAAUGAUGCUACAAAUCUCCAUCAAAAUGAGUCAUUUCAUAAUUGAAUAAAAACGAGGAGCCGAAGAUUCUAGGGGGCUACAGCUGCGCUUUUGCAGCACUGAACAUGGUUCCGGGUACUCAAGAUAUUGCGUUUGUGUUUGGAGAGGUGUAGAUUGUAGAUUCCAGCCGAGAAGACCAGGAAAAGAUAAGGAUAAAGAAUGUCAUAUAUCUCAGGAGCUAGAUCACUUCCCGAUGAACAAGUCAGAAUUGCCUCAACAAAAAUGGAUGGAAUUGGACCGAAAAAAGCCAUUCAGCUUCGUUAUCGAUUAGGUAUCAGUGGGAACAUCAAGAUGAAUGAGUUAACUAAGUAUCAGAUCGACCAAAUUGAACAAAUGAUAGCUCAAGAUCAUGUUGUUCAUUGGGAAUUGAAGAGGGGAGAACGAGCAGACAUCGAACGAUUAAUUUCUAUUUCUCGUUAUCGUGGAAUUCGUCAUCAAGAUGGAUCGCCCUUACGCGGUCAACGAACUCAUACUAAUGCAAGGACUGCUCGCAAGCAAAUUCGGAAAUGAAAGAAGGCUACCGAAAGAACAAGCAACGGAUUUCGCGCUCAUCCCUUGCUAAAGCGCAUACGUUUUCUUGCUCCUUGGUACUUGUCUGAUCAAUCACACUGUUCAUUAGUUCACUUGAUUUUUCGUUCGAUGUCUUGAACCGCUUACUAAUCACGUAUACGUAUAGUAGGCCCCCUUCGCCACUCCACGUCUGGCCCGUCUUGGUCUCGCUCACUUCGCCCGCCUAUCGUAUCGGCUCGGCUUCGUCCGUCAAGCGACAGCUUCUGCCUCUGACGGCUUCACUAUUGCUCAUGACUGGUAGUAGUUGUCUCUAUGUAGUAGUCGGCCUUUGUUAAGCUUCGCCAGAAGCGACUAGUCGCUUCCCGAAUGCCUCUUUCUUGUACUAAUUAAUGUGUAUGGUCUAGUCUUUCCAAUGCCUCCUUCCUUGCCGCCAACGCACGCUAGAUGGAGAGUAAGCAAGCUACCUUGCUUGCAUUGCAUUCGUUAAACGGUAGCUUCCGCGCCCUUCCUGCCUGCUUCAAUUGAUGUGAAUGAUCGUGUCUUCGACAUCAAUUUCAGUCUGAUUAGAUAUGUCAUUGAAACAAAUCUGUUUUGUCUCUU